AUGGGAAGAGGGGGUGGCCUUAGGUCACCUCCUCCAAAUGAGGGGAAUGUUGGUGGUGGAGGCAAGGGUGGCGGCGGUCGCAAGGAGAGGCGGCAAGGUAAUCGGUGGCAGGUGUUUGCCAAUGAGCUGGCCGACGGCGAGGAGCUGGCGGAGCAAGGUGAGAGGGGCGGCGGCCACUCUAGGUCACCAGGUGUUGGGCGAUUUUCGGCCAACCAAGACAAGGGGGCUGAUGCCCUAGCUAUGGAGGAGGAGAAAAAGAUAAAGACCGGCGACACCAUUUGCCCGGGCAAGGAGAAUGUGCGGGAUUUGGCUAAGGGAAAGGUGGCUGGAGGUAGAGUAGUUGGCGCGGGGGCUGGGAUGGCUGAAGGAGGCGGUGCGGGCAUUAGGCAGACCGCGGCUGGAGCAGCGAGUGCAAGGUUGGCUGCGGGGACUGCUGCUGGUGCGGCAGAAGUUGGACAAGGUGCGGCGUGUGCUAACCCGGGAGCUGGGAACAAUGCAAGGUCUGCGGUGGGUCGGGUUGCAGCUGCUGCUGCAACACAAACGGCGGCUACCAAGUUGGGUGUCGCGGGCAAUGGACAGGUCACGACCUUCCCUGAAGGCAAAUUUGCGCCUGGAAUAACUUCUUCCAUUACUAAGCCCACGGCGGUGCGGGAGCUAAUUAUGAGCAGCAUUGGUAUGUCGCCGCCCCUGGGUGCGAUGAAGGCGGCUGUACAAGUUCAAUCGGAGACUAUGGCUUCGGCCAAGUCGAGCAGCAUUCGUGCCUCCCAACCAAACUCCCCCCGCACGGAUAGCUGCGGCAUGGACGACGACCAGCCUGGGGAAUCCGAGCGGGAUUUUGCUUUCGGGAGUGAUGAUGAAGACUAUCAACCCAGCAGCCCGCGUGAUGAGGAACAUAUAGCUACGGGAUCGGAGGGUGCUUUGGAUUGA